GGGCUGGCGCUGGCCAUGGGGCUGGCGCUGCUCGUCGCCCUGCCCCUGCUGCUGCUGCAGGCGCCGCCGGGCGGGCGGGCCCACUACGAGAUGCUGGGCACCUGCCGCAUGAUCUGCGACCCCUACGGCCCCCCCGCCGGCAGCACCGCCGCCCUGGAAGCCCUGCAGGAGCUGGGCGCCGAGCCCCCCCCGCCGCCGCCCCCCUUCCUGCCCGGCCCCAAGGGCGAGGCGGGCCGGCCGGGCAAGCCGGGGCCCCGCGGCCCCCCGGGGGAGCCGGGCCCGCCGGGGCCCAGGGGCCCGCCGGGGGAGAGGGGCGAGGCGGGCCGGCCGGGGCCGGCGGGGCCGUCGGGGCCCGGCUCGGCGGCGGGGGGCUCGGGCGAGGGCAGCCCCCCGCCGCCGGGCGGCGAGGUGACGGGGGCCCUGAGCGCCGCCUUCAGCGGCCCCAAGAUCGCCUUCUACGUGGGCCUGAAGAGCCCCCACGAGGGCUACGAGGUGCUCAAGUUCGACGACGUGGUGACCAACCUGGGCAACCACUACAACCCCUCCUCCGGCAAGUUCACCUGCCAGGUGCGCGGCAUCUACUUCUUCACCUACCACAUCCUCAUGCGCGGCGGCGACGGCACCUCCAUGUGGGCCGACCUCUGCAGGAACGGGCAGGUGCGAGCAAGCGCCAUUGCUCAAGAUGCAGACCAGAAUUACGACUACGCCAGCAACAGUGUGGUGCUGCACCUGGACUUGGGGGAUGAGGUGUAUGUCAAACUGGACGGAGGCAAAGCCCACGGAGGCAACAACAAUAAGUACAGCACUUUCUCUGGCUUUCUUUUAUACCCCGAUUGACAAAAGCAAGCGUCCAAGGUGUGGGUCCAUCGCCUCGUUCUCCACCAUGCCUUUCCUGGGGUCUGCAGUCUCUUCAGGUCAC